GACAAACUCACUUUAAACAUAGUAUUAAUUUGGUAUGUAUAAUGAAAAGCAUUAAAACUUGUACAUUAGGCAUAUUGAUGUUAUUUACAUUUUUAAACUUAACAUAUGCAAUAGGGUAUUUAUCACCUAUUCAAUAUGUCAACGACGCUUAGUGAGAAUUUAAAUAUUUUCAUAUGUAUAAUCUUCAACAGGCCAUCUGGAUGAGAUAAAAAGAUAAUAUUUUUAUGAAUCUCAAAUACUGGGACCACGAUAAAGCAUUCACCUACUUUAAAUUGAAUGUAGUUUAUAAAAGUUGUGUUGUGAGGUAUGUUCCCCUUCAACAUAACACUGGAUUUAAAUUGAAGUUUUGGAAAUUCUUAAAUCCAAACAUCACAAGACAGUUGCUAAGGGAAUAUAUAUAUAUAUAUAUAUAUUUAGGUUAAGGAGCAACAGGAAUAUUCAAUGGCUUCCAUUUACUUAAUGUGUAAACACUUCAGGUGUGAGUAAACUGGAAGAACUAUCCUUAAAUGUUAAAAUUAGAUACAGAAUUUUAUUCUUCGAAGAAAAAUUAUGGAUCUUUAGAAAAAGCCAGUAUUCUUGAUCUAUCUCAGAGAAUGGGAAUAUUUCAGGGUAUAUAUGCAUUUUGAAAUUUAAUAAGGGGAUACUAAAAGUUGAAAUGUCUUUCCCUUAGAAGAAAUCAAAAGCCACAGGCCCUUUCCUUCACCCCUUUCAGUGUAGAUUAGAUUGUUAUGUUUGUGAAUAGAAAUUUGGGGAAAUAAGCAACCAAAAAUGGAGUUGAUAAUCCAAAAUCUGACAUUUCUGUUUUCUUACAUGUACAGUUAAUUUUUUUAGUUAGGGUUAACAACACUAUGCAAAUCUGUCCAUUACGGCUUUUCCAUAGUAUAAACAUACGCUGUUUUCAGUUAAUGUCUUGGGCCUAGUACCUGAGACAAGCAAUUUAGUUCUAUUUUUAGGUAGUUAAUAUGACCUUGAAUGGAGUCCCUGGGUGGUACAAAGCAUUAAGUGCUUGACUAUUAGCCAAAAAGUUGGCAGUUCAAACCUACCCAGAGGCCUCUUGAAGAUAGGCCUGGCGAUCUGUUUCUGAAAUGUGACAGCCUUGAAAAUCCUCCAGAGCAGUUCUACUCUGCACACAUGGAUCGCCAUGAGUCAGGAUCAACUUGAGGGCAACCAAUGACAUUGAGGAGCUUGUGUUAAUUAGGCAAAAAAAAUCUUUCCCUCAUUUAACACUUGAAAUUACAAAUAUUUAGAAGGUACCUUUAUACCUACACUACAAUGUGAAUUUGCUUUGAAAAGGAAAAAAAAUUCUAUUUGCAGUUUAAGUUGUGAAUUUCUAAUUUCAUUAUUUUUAAGAAAAACUUAACUGGUGAAAAAUCUAACCUAAGCAAUCAGCACGUCAUUUUUUAGAAUAAAUAAUGAUUUAGAUCCAUCUUUUCUUUCCUUAAAAAAAAAAAAAAAAAUUUUCUUUUUUUUUCUUUCCUUACUAUAAUUAGCACUUUUCUUAGGGUAUGGUGAUACAGAAGCAUAAAGUCCCUUCAGAGUUAUAAAAUUCCUUUAAAUAUUAUAUCCCUCUACCACAUGUGAAAUAACCUGUCAUGUAAUUUAUGAGUCAUUGUUUUGGGUUCUCAGUAACUUAUUUAUACCUCAGUUUUUUUGUACGUUAGACAGCCUAAAGUUAGACUGACUAUGGUGAGUUAUAUUAGAUUUGGGUUUUGUGUUAGCACUUCUCCACUCAUUGGGAUCAAGUGCAAGAGGUUGACUGACCUAGUAUAUUUAAUAAGAUCUUGCUGAUAAUGAUCGUGAGGUGACUGAAUCCCAUCCAGAUUGCUUGGUCUUUCUUUGUCCUUUCUGGAGCUUUAGCUUAUUAUUUCUCCCUGCCUCCCUACCUCCCCAAGUUUAAAUUAACUGGUGAAAAGCUUUUGGCGACUGGGAUAUUCUCAUUCCUUUUUAAGUGACUCAUCCUGUAAUAAGCAGGCCUCAAUCCACCACUGCCAAUGCGUAGGUGGGUUUCAGUGUAUCUGAGCCAACCUGAACAGCUACCAACAACUGACUCAAGUUAGUGAUACAUGAAUCCAGGUGAUUACAAUUUUAUACUGCUGUAACCAGUGACUGUGUGGUGUUCUAAGGCGAUACAUCUAGACACCUGUCAAAACAAGAUAUAACAGGUUGUCUACAGCAUUUGAGAUGUGUGAAAUUUCAAAACAAGCUCACUUUAAACAUAGUAUUAAUUUGCUGGUAAUCAAAAGGUUGGAGGCUCCAGUCCACUCAGAGGCACCGUUCUACUUCCAAAAAAUUAGCCACUGGACUGUAGUUCCACUCUGACACACAUGGGAUCACCAUGAGUCAUAAAAGUCAACUGGUUUUGGUAACCAGUGAUUGUGUGUUACCAAGUAGUGAGACUUGAGAGGGCAGUGGUGGUGGAAGGAUAUAGUGGGAUAUCUAUUGCCAUAUUUUUAAAGUUUAUUAAGGAAAUACACAGUCAUUUACCGAGCAUCUCUUAUGCCAGUUAAGCUGUGGAGAUACAAAAGCUGAAUGCUGCUAAGCAUUCCCAAUCAUGUUGCAUCAUCUAGCGUUGCCCACAUUGGUGUGGGAAGGAAAAAAAUAUCCAGAAUCUGCACUGUCAAUUCAGAAGCAAGAAUUACAAGACACAUGAUUUGAAAAGUGAAAAUAAGUGUAAAUGUAAAAAUAUCAACGGAGUACCCUUUGACAUAAAGCAAGGUUCUCUGCUUUGAGCCCCAGAGUAUUAAACCAAAUGCUUUACACACAUUACUCCUUAAAAAUUCUCAUAACCCUUGAUUUGGGUGUUUUAAGAUGAGGAAGCAGGAUCAGAGUUAACUUAGAUUCCACAGCUAGUGAAGGAGCAGAACCAAGUUUUGAAAACCUUAUUUCCAUACUUAGACUACACUACGUCUCUCCCCCACCCCACGUUGCCCAUCAGUCUAGGGCCAAUCCGGGUUUGAACCUUAAGAGUGCCGACAUUAAGUCUGGACCAAAUGGAUGGUCCCUCCAGAACUGAAUCUAGUUACUCCAAUUCGACAGUCAAGUGGCUUAUCUUAACGGUUAGGAUGCUGUGAGUAAACCAAAGAAUUAACCCCUGGUCGGUUUUACUAUGGGAAAACCAAGAAGUCACCGCGAGCAAAGGUUGUACGGCGGUGGAUGGAGUAACAGGGGAUGCUGCAGGGAUCUCAGGAGAACGCCUUGCUGGCGGGCAGACGUCUGCGCAGUCCAUGGCGGAAGCGGGGUCUCUGCCCGCCCCACGGGGCGCCUCGGGCCGCGUUCCCAGGUGUCUGCGGGCGGUUGCCUCCGCAACGCUGUGACGCGAACAAGAGGAGGCCAUGUUUGCGGUGCCCGAGUUUUACUCCAGGAGAAAGAAACUGAACGGUCAGGCUGCUGCCCGGCAGCAUGUAAGUGCAGACUUGGCGGCCCCCACACCGCAGCGGGUGGGAGGCGCGGCGGGAGCCAGUGCUGCUUCGUCGGGGGACCGAGACGCCCUCAUUUACCUUUGCUGCGCCCCCUGCCCUCCUCGCCAGAGGCGAGUCGCUACCUUAGUCCCUGGGUGAGCAGUGCUUCAAGUGAUGUGGGCAGUUUGCCUACAAAAACAAACCUAGAGGCGCAUUCGGCACACGGAAUUGAAUUCUGGCUCCCUACGCAAAUAUUUAGAUAUUUACGAAAGUUCCCUUUUCUCACCUCUAAUUGGUUGAUUGCAAAAUAUCCCUACUGCGGAGAAAGCUGUCUGGCUCUGGGUGGGACCCGAGAGAUGAAAGGCUGGUACGUUGGGAUCUACCACUAAGUGCCAAGGAUAGGUUUGUUCUUUGCCGACUUCCCCCAGAUGGGCGGCGUCAGUGUUAUAGCCGCCGCCUCCUGUUCAAAACAGAACAAAACAAAAAACCCCAAGCGGGUUGCCAGCGAGUCGAUUCGUAGUGACCCUGUAGUACAAAGUAGAACUGCCCCAUAGGAUUUCCAAGGCGGUAAAUCUUUAUGGAAGCAGACUGCCACACGUUUUUCUCACGAAGCAGCUGGUGGGUUCCAGUGACCUUAGCUGAGCGCUUAACCACUGAACUACCAGGGGUCCUCCUUAUCCUUAGGAAAGUCUGUCUUAGCGAAUAGAUUAAAGCUUCCCUAGCCAUCAGUUUAUUGUUGUACGAGCCCCAAUUCAUCUGUAAACUGUUAUGCUGAGCCUUGAGCCAUGUGCAACAUAAGUGAAGUUUCUUUCCUUCCUUUCUACUGAAACUAGAAACUGAAACACCUAGAAACAAAAAGGAUAAAAUCUUGGCUUUAACUUAAAAAAAAAACUUUAAAUUUCUACGUCUUUAUUGAAUCUGGUUAAGAGCAACUUGUUAUUGUUAGGUGUGGUGGAGUUGGUUCAUAGCGAUCCUAUAUACCGCAGAAAGAAACGCUGCCAGGUCCUGCGCCAUGCUUACGGUCUUUGUUACGCUUGAGCCCAUGGUUGCAGCCACUGUGUCAGAGCAACUAGUAGGAGUUAUUAUUGAAGGUUCAUUGUGCCCUGUGCGUUGUAAACUGAACUUCUGAUUAUUUUUGCUGCAAUCAUUUCAUUUUACAGCAUUCGGAAUUACGAUUAGGGAUGUGGUACUGGAGAGAUGAUGCCAAAACUCUUGAAUUCAGAAGGUAAAUUUUUUUUUAAUAAUUUUUAUUGUGCUUUAAGUGAAAGUUUACAAAUCAAGUCAGUCUCUCACACAAAAACCCAUAUACACCUUGCUACACACUCCCAGUUACUCUCCCCCUAACGAGACAGCCUGCUCUCUCCCUCCACUCUCUCUUUUCAUGUCCAUUUCGCCAGCUUCUAACCCCCUCUGCCCUCUCAUCUCCCCUCCAGGCAGGAGAUACCAACAUAGUCUCAAGUGUCCACCUGAUCCAAGAAGCUCACUCCUCACCAGCAUCCCUCUCCAACCCAUUGUCCAGUCCAAUCCGUGUCUGAAGAGUUGUCUUCGGGAAUGGUUCCUGUCCUGGGCCAACAGAAGCUUUACACCUGCAAUAGAAUUCAAGGAAAAAGGAAAGAAAGGUAAAGCAGUUCACUUUGCUGAAAUUGAUGGUCCAGCUUCAGACAGGUUGGCAGAUAAAAGAAGUGCCGCAAGAGAUGAUAAGUCAACUAAAGCUUUAGAGAAGCGAGGUGAGCAGGGCUACGUUACACUAGAUGAUGUUAAAUACGUUGCUUUGCUUUUGCUACAAGAGACUGAGAUGCAGCGGAUCUGUUCUUUUACAACAUUUAUGAAGAAUAAGAAUCUUGACAAUUUCCUCAUGGCAUUAUUAUACUAUUUAUCGUAUUUUUUGGAAAAAAUCUCACUGGAAAGGAAACCCAAAAGCUACAUGGUGGCUCUUGUAGAGAAAAAAGAGAUGAAAUUGGUGUUAAGUAAGUUGGAUAUAGCACAGAAAUACUUGGCACAAAAGUACUGUAUCCUCGUACUGGGCCUGGCAAUGCCUGACAAGCAUCACAUGUGCUGUGGAAAGGAGAAAAUAUCAGAUACACAAAAAGAUUGGAAAUUCUUUGAGUCCUUUUACACUUUCUGUGCAUACAUAGCCUGGAUUGUCUUCCGACGUCAACACUUGACUGACAUCGAAGAAGAAAUAGGGAGACUCUUUCGUAGCAAUAUGUUCAACAUUCCUCGAAGGAAGCGUGAGGAUGAAGAAUCAGGGGGAGAAAAGAAACGCAUGACUUUUGUGCAAUUCAGGAGAAUGAUGGCAAAGCGCCCAGCAAUUAAAAAAGCCAUUAACAUGCGCUCUCCCGUCUUGUCGACUCUGCUGCCUUCUCCCAGGGAAAAAGCUCAGAAUAUCUUUGAGAAAAAGUUUCACCAUGGAAGCAUCAAACUUCAAGCCAAGAUCCAAAAGCACUUAGAGAGCCUGGACACUGUAGCCAUGCCAGUAGUUGGCAUCUUAGGGGAACCUCGAUGUCUGUUUAACCCCCAUACCCUUCAACCUCUUGAACUAGAAGAAACCACAAAAACGCCUGGGAGACAUUCUUCUGUGGUAGAAAGAAGUAACACCAGGGUUCGGGGCACACUGGACUUUGCCUUAAGAACACUAUCCUCUCAAGUAACACUCUAAAUAAUCUAGUACAUUCCAUUUCCAUAAUUAAGUCACUGUAUUUGAAGUAAACUACUUUGAAUUAAUACUUUAUGUAAGUCUAAUAUUUGUUGUUAUUGUUAAACUUUUAAAAUAGUUCAAAUUAUUUUGUUUAAAGUUCAAAAAUAGGCUAUUGAAGAAUUCUAGAAAGCUCUUAAAAAGCUCAUUUUCCUAUUUCUAGUAGUUUCCAUUGUUAUUUAUUUACUUCUUUGGCUACUAUGUGACUAGAAUAAUGUAUUAGAACAUUCACUCAGUGGACUAGUAAAGAAACAUUCUGUUCAUUCAGAUUUCUUAGUUCAUCUUCGCCUUCUGAGAGAACAUCUUUGGUGGUAUUGAAAACAAAAUUUCAUAAUCCAAAAGGCAAAUUAAAACUUUCUUAACAUUAAAUCAGAAACCCUGGUGGCAUAGUGGUUAAGUGCUACGGCUGCUAACCAAAGGAUCGGCAGUUCGAAUCCGCCAGGUGUUCCUUGGAAACUCUGUGGGGCAGUUCUACUCUGUUCUGUAGGGUCGCUAUGAGUCGAAAUCGACUCGGCGGCACUAGGUUUGGUUUGUUUUUGGUUUUAACAUUAAAUCUACUCCUGUGGCUAAAUUAAUGUCCCUGGGUGGUGUAAAUAGUUAACGUACUCAGUUACUAACCAAAAGGUUGGAAGUUUGAGUUCACCCAGAGGGGCCUCUGAAGAAAGACCUGGCAAUCUACUUCUGAAAAACCAGCCAUUGAAAACUCUGUGGAGCAUGGUUCUACUCCGAUACACGUGAGGUCACCAUGAGUCAAAGUCAACUCAACAGCAAGUAGCUUUUUUUUUUUUUAAUGGCUAUAUUAUUAUUGGCAUUGUGAUACAAAGUAUAUUCAUUUACAAGCCUUUUAGGGUAUAUGUCUCAUUUAUUCUUUCAUUUAUUCAAUUAACAACAAAUAUGUCAUAAGUCUCUAGUCCAUCGAAAAGCCCAGGGUAGGUUAUGUAGGAAAAAAGAUCAUCAACCUGGAGGAUAUGGUCUGUGUAAUAGAGAAGAUAAGUAAAAUACAUGCUUGGUCACAAUACAAUAUUGAAUAAGUUAGAGGGCGUAAAAGAGGCAAAUAUAAUACAAGGUGCUCUGAGAGGACAGAGCAAUAGAGCGGUCACUUCCAGGGGCACCAGAGAGUUCUCGUUUGAAUUUGGCUUGGUAGGGAUUGGAUGGCACUGAAGGGGGCCUUCCAGUCAGAGGAAGAAAUGUGCCAAGGAACAGAGAUGAAAGGUGUGCCCUGUGAUUGGUGCAUGGCAAGAGCACAGGCUAUGUGAUGGAGAGCAAUAAAAGAGCAGGUUGGAGAGGUCAGCUGAGUCCCUGAUGUCCAGCAAGGGAGUUAGUUAGAUUUUAUUUAGUAGGCAGUGAAGAUUAUGAACAGCUGAUAAAACCAGUUCACAAGAUGGAAUACAAAUCUGCUGAUUAUAGAAUAUGAUCAUUCUAAGAGCUCAAUACAGGGAUGGCAUUUAGCCAACUAAAACAACUGGACUGAAGUUGCCUUUCUGUGACCGCAGGUUUAUCCUCAAAUGUCCAAAUCCUCCUUUUAGCAUUUUGGAUCAUAUAAAAACCUGGGCACCUUUCCCAGAUCUAAUAACAAGGGCAGGGGAACACCAGUCCAAACCUAUGGAUGAUGUAGGGCAGCUUCUGUUGAACAUGCAUUCUGUCUUCACACUCUGACCCUUUUUUAUUCAGGUCAGCCCCCAUUACAACUCCUGUUAAAGCCACAAAGAUUUUCCGGAUUAUCAAAACCAUGGAUUAUCAGCCAACUUUGUUGGACCUUUUAUUUAUGUGGAGAAUUUGGUUGUAAUGAACUUUGUCAUAACAGAUUUUCAUCAAGAGUAUGUUGACAUGUUUGUUUUUUAGUCAGUAUUUUAAAAAUAAAGUCUGGUUAUGCUGGGGCUUUGGUAACUAUCUUUACUAGUACACAGGGCUUUUCUCUCUGCACUGUGGGGCUUUGGUUCACUUCAUUUAUUCAUUCUACAAUUACUGUAUCCCGACUUUGUGCUAGGUGCCACGUUAGGUUCUGGGAAUUCAGUGGUGGACAAAAUAUAGCCUGCCCUGUCAUGGAACUGACAGUCUUGGUGGAAGACGGACAUAAAACAAAUACUUAAUCAAAAAGUGAAUUAAUUGCAAUGGUGAUAAGUGCUGCAAAAGAGAAAAAGAUGAUGCUAUGAGAGUACCCAAGAAGAGACCUGAUGGUAUAUGAGGGAUUGUCAGGGAGAAAGGGAAGUUAUCCCUGAAGAAUUGACAUUUAAACCUGAGACUUGAAGACACAUAAAAGUUUGAGAGGUGGGAAGUAGGGAUGGGAAUAUUCCUGGCUAUAUUCAUUAUUUAUUGCUGCAAAACAAAUUACUACAAAACUUGGUGGCUUAAAGCAGCAACAUUUAUUAUCUCCCAGUUUCUGUAGGUCAAGAAUCUGGGAGCAGCUUAGCAGUAUCCUCUGGCUCAGAGUCUCUCAAAAGGCUUCAGUCAAAGUGUUACCCUUGGCUAAAGCCGUCUUAAGGCUCAACUUGAGGGGUGGGGGGUAGAUCUUCUUCCAAGAUCACUCAACUGGCUGUUGGCAGGAUUCAGUUCCUCGCAGGCUGUUGAAUUGAGGGCCUCAGUUUCUCUAAGCUAUUGGCCCAAAACUUCCCUCAGCUCCUUGCCACAUAAGCCUCUCCAUAAGUAGCUCUCAACAUGGCAGUUGGCUCCAUCAGAGCGAGCAAGUGAGAAACAGUGUGCAAGCAAGACAGAAUCCACAGUCGUUCAUAAUCUGAUCUUGGAAUUGAUACUCCACCACUUUUGCUAUAUUCUAUUUAUUAAAAGCAAGUCAAAAGAUCCAGCCCAUACUCAGGGUAUGGGAGGCUAGACAAGGUUGUGAAUAUCAGGAGGUGGGGGUCAUCUUAAAAGUCAGCUGGCCGCUGUGGCAGAAGAAACACAAACGCCUUGAGGUGGGAAGCAAAGCCCAUUUAGCUGCUAGGGUGUAGAGAGGAAGGGUAGAAGGUUGAGGUAUGGCUAGAGGAUAGGCAAGAGCCAGAUCAUGGACACGUCCACAAAUAUACAAAGGAUACUCUUAAGAGCAAUGGGAAUGGGCUUUUGCAGUUUGUGCCUUGCACAAAGCACUGCCAAAGGGGUGGUUGGAGGCUGAAAUCCAAAUACAUAUAUUAGUCUGGUUCUGGGUCCUUCCAUUGGUAGGUCCCUUUUUGUAAUUCAGAAAGCAACAGGCUUGAAUGGGUAGCCUUUGAAGGUUUUUAAGGAGAUGUACUGUGAAAGCUUACCAAGAAAUAUUCAGCAAUUUAGAGAAUGAAAAGACAGGUACUUUCAUUAGGGUUUCUUUUUGGGGUGAUAAAAAUGAUCUGGAUUCGCGCUAAUGGUUGUACAAUUUUGUGAAUGUACUAAAAACUACUAAACUGUACACUAAAAGGGUGACUUUUGUGGUAUGUGAACUAUAUCUCAAAAAAUAAAGAACAAAGAAAGAAAACGUCAAUGCCAAGAGGAGCUUAAGGAGACAUGAUGACUGAAUCUAAAUGUAGUGUGGUACCCUGGAUGGGAUCUUGAAACAGAAAUAGGACAUUAGGUAGAAACUAAGGAAACCCCAAUAAAGCUUGGACUGUAGUAAAUGAUAAUGUAUCAAUUUUGGUUUAUUCAUUGUGACAAAUGUACCAUACUAAUAUGUUAAUAACAGGAAACCGGGUGUGGUGUAUAUGGGAAGUCUCUUUACUAGCUUCGCAGCUUGGCUGUUCUGAUCUCUCAGGCAGUGUUUAUAUGAAGAAAGAAAAAUAAAUUUGACACCUCCAGGCCCCAUGACCAUCCAGCCCUGCUGCCUCUGAACAGGUUUCAGGUUACAAAAGAAAGCUGUUCCAGGGCACUGGGCACACAGGGUGAACUGUCCCCUUGUUGUAUUUGCAGACUGUUGUGCUUCCACCUCCGGAGCAGCCUGUCUGGCGGCAGGCUCAAAAAGUUGUUUUGUCUCUGAGUUGGUGCCGUACUGGUGACUUUCUCUCUGUGGGGUGAUACCUGAGGCAGUCUGGGUGAGCCAUGCCAAGGGGCUUGGAUUCCAGGACCACUUCCUUUGCACCUUGGCCUUCCUCCUCCUCCUGGGGCAGAAUGACUUGUUCUCAUUUCCUUUACUUCUCCUGCCUGUAACCCAGAGACCUAAGCAGAGCAAGAGGUGAAAUGCC